UUUGAUUGGGGCCAACUAAUCCUAUGCCUCCUUGCCCUGUUCCUGCUAUUUGUCAGCUGAGAUGAGGAUGGCCAGUUUGCGGUUCCGGGCCCGUCGGGCUACGCAGCCGGCAGAACAUAAACAGGAACAUGAGAAAGGGACAGAACAAGCAGAGGAGCCAGCUACCCACAUCCCUCCAGCACACCACCCCGGCCACCACAACUAUGACCACAUGAAGAAUAAGUUCAUGAACGAGAUUGGCCAUCUGCCAAGUAAGUAGUUCCUGGCAUGUAGAAGGAAUUGGGCAAGACUGGGGACUACCAGAUGCUGUUUUCCAAAAUGUUAUGUAAUCUCUGAAACUAUUGUGUAAGGUUGAAAUCAGAUUCAGAGUGUUUAAUAGUCACAUGUUUCCUGAUCCGGAUGCAUCAAUUUAAUAGUUGCAUGUAUUUUUGACGCCAGUGUUUUUUGGGUGGAGGGACUGAGUGAGAAUUGGUGACAAAAAUAGAACGAGAGUUAUGGGACCAUACAUAUAACCAUGACAGAUGUUAGAGCUAUGUAAUGGAACACUAUUUUUUAUGGGAUUUCACCAUUAUAAUGUGUAGGUGUUACACAGGGUAUAUCAUGUCACUUCAUCAUCUCCCUUCAUCUCCAUUUUGUCAUUCCUCUUGUCUCACAGGACUUAUUCAAAUGAGUAAGACUCAUGUGCAUUUACUGUGAAUAUACCUACAGCUGCGGUCAAAUAUACAGUGCCUUCAGAAAGUAUUCAUACCCCUUGACAUAUUCCACAUUUGUUGUGUUACAGCCUGAACUCAAAAUGGAUUAAAUCAUUUUUAUUUCUCUCACCCAACUAAUGACAAAGUAAAAACAUAUUUUUAGAAAUGUUUGCAAAUGUAUUGAAAAUGAAAUACAGAAAUAUCUCAAUACAUGUCAGAAUCACUUUUGGAGCGAUUACAGCUGUGAGUCUUUCUGGGUAAGUCUCUAAGAGCUUUGCACACCACACCUGGAUUGUACAAUAUUUGCCCAUUAUUCUUUUCAGAAUUCUUCAAGCUCUGUCAAAUUGGUUGUUGAUCAUUGCUAGACAACCAUUUUCAAGUCUUGCCAUAGCUUUUCAAGACGAUUUAAGUGAAAACUGUAACUUGGUCACUCAGGAACAUUCACUGUCUUCUUGGUGAGAAACUCCAGUGUAGAUUUGGCCAGUAAUGUGUUGUAUUGGAUUUGCCCCAAACAUAAUACUUUGUAUUCAGGACAAAAAGUUAAUUAAUUUAGUGCUUUGUUGAGAGGAGUAGGCAGGAGGCAGUCGCAGAUUUAGAACUACUGAAUUUAUUAAAGCACCAUAGCUUAAAGCGGGACGAAACCCACAGUGCAAAAUAGAAAGUACUCAGGAAAAUGUAAGCACCAUGUACAACGUCCGACAAAGACAAAUGACAGAGGGAGUAUAUAUACAGUGAUAGAGUGGGGAUUGGAACCAGGUGUGUGUAAUGAUGACGAGACAAGUCCGGGGUUGAUGAGUGAAGGGCGUUUGCCAGCAGCAGGUUCGGCAGCAGCUAGAAGGCCGACGACGCCCAACGCCUGAGCUGGACAGGAGGGGGUGCCAAAGCGAAGGCUGGUGUGACAGAGACACCAUCCAGAGUGUAGUUAAUAACUUCACCAUGCACAAAGAGAUAUUCAGUGUCUGCGUUUCUUAUUUUGACCAAUCUACCAAUAGGUGCCGUUCUUUGCGAGGCAUUGGAAAACCUCCCUUGUUGAAUCUGUUUUUGAAAUUCACUGCUCGACUGAGGGACCUUACAGAUAAUUGUAUGUGUGGGGUAGAGAGAUGAGGUAGUCAGUCAAAAAUCAUGUUAAACACCAUUAUUGCACACAGAGUGAGUCCUUGCAACAUAUUAUGUGACUUGUUAAGCACAUUUUUACUCCUAUACUCUAGGCUUGCCAUAGGUUGUGCACUUAUUGACUCAAGACAUUUCAGCAUUUCAUUUUGGAUUAAUUUGUAAACAUUUCAAAAAACAUAAUUCCACUUUGACAUUAUGGGUAUUGUGUGUAGGCCUGUGAUCAAAAAUCUCAAUUCAAUCCAUCUUAAAUUCAGGCUGUAACACAACAAAAUGUGAAAACUUUCUGAAGGCACUGUUUUGGCACCCUUGCACUUUACAAUGGAGUGCAAUGGAGCAGAAUGUUCUGUUUUUCUUUUUAAAACACGUUGAAUGGCUAUUUUGAUCCUGAAGGCACCUGCAAUUUACCACAGGUGAAAUAAAUUACACAGUUAACAAGAAUUAUUUGCCUCACAUAAAAGUGAAAAAUCUCAAUUUCAGUUUAGAUGUUGGUCCUGUGCAGUUGUAAAUCAAACAAAUACACAUGUGAACAUCAAAGGUUUUAUUCAAUUUCAACUUAUUUUAGAAGAAAUAGUGAAUCGUGCAAGGGUGCCAAUAUAUUUGACUGCAACUGUACUGGUAGAUUUAUCGCCCCCUAGCCUCCCUUCUCCUGUGUACAUUGUGACAUAACAACCCCAUCAAAGUCUAGCAAUUAUGUCUGUCAUCGUUUUCCUUUAAGAUUAGUUUUUCGCCGUCAUUAAGAAACCUUAUUCAGAUGUGAUACACACUUAUAGAUGGUUUAAAACUUGUCCUGGUAUAUUUUCUGCCUCCCUCACUGUUUCAAGUAUCUUUGUACAGUUUCUCAUAUGUUAAGUAUGUCUUUAGAUGUUAAUUGUGUUGUUACCUCUUUCUUUUUUAGUCCCUAUGUGGGCAGUUGGGGCCAUCGUCGUAGUGGUGUUGGUGUUAGUGGGAUGCUGCACUUUCUGCCUCUUCAAAAAAUGCUUUGGAAAAAAGAAAAAAACGAAGAAAGUGAGGGAGAGGAAGGCUGGCCGUCGGAGGAAGGCAGACGACGAAGGGGGAGGAGAGGGUGGCGAUAAGGUAAGAUAGACAAAGGGGAAAGAUAUGAAGAGAUUAGAUGCACAUAUUUCCCAUGAAUAUGACGAAUAUAGGAAGUGCCAUGCAGUAUCACUCAAAAACAGAAAAUAUGUGUCUGCGCAGGAAGAGAAAGGUAAGAAAGAAGGGGAAGGAGUGGAGAAGGAACAGGAGAAGCUGGGAAAGCUGGAGUUCUCCUUGGACUACAACUUCACAGAUGCCCAGGUAAGUGCUGUCUUUUUGUUGUGUGGUACAAUACUUUGUCAAAAGAGGCCCCUCUGGCACAAAAUGUAAUACUGCAUGACUAGGGCCCUGUGUUUUGCAAAAUCAUGUCACAUGACCUGGAUUUGAACCAUUAUUUAAAGCUUUUUCAUCAAACUGUCCUCUUUUCUUUUCAUGUCAGAUGGUCCAGCACCAUCCUCAGACAAUUGCUUUCAUUUUUGGUGUAAUUCUAAUUUCUGGAUAAUGCGGGAUAAAAUCGUGCCGUUUCACAUGACUGCGCAAAACACAGUGCCUCAUGUAUGACAACACAGUACAUGUAAGAGCAACUUACAAUCAGUACAUACACUUAGUGAUUAAGGCGGCAGGUAGCUUAGUGGGUAAGAGCGUUGUGCCAGUAACCGAAAGGUCGCUGGUUUUAAUCCCCGAGCCGACUAGGUGAAAAAUCUGUCGAUGUGCCCUUGAGCAAGGCACUUAACCCUAAUUGCUCCUGUAAGUCGCUCUGGAUAAGAGCGUCUGCUAAAUGACUAAAAUGUAAAAUGUAAAUGUACUGGUGUGAGUGACAAUAUUAGCUAUAUACAGGUAUCUGCCAAAAUAAAGGAAACACCAACAUAAAGUGUCUUAAUAGGGUGUUGGGCCACCACGAGCCAGAACAGCUUCAAUGCACCUUGUCAUAGAUUCUACAAGUGCCUGGAACCAGUGGCGGCUCCUGAAAAAAUUCUCAGGAGGGGCAAUUUUUCUGAUGAUUUAGGUGACCUACACACAUUUAAAAAAAGAUAUGUCCAGCAACAACAUGAAGACAGGGGCAGCAUAUAAGUCAAUACCAGAAGCAUUUAUUGACUGAUCUCAAAAGUGUUGGCUUACCAGGGUUGGUGGAGCCCUCAGUUUCAUCUUUGCCUCACAAAGCUAACUCAAACACGCAAAACUUCACACACUGGAUUAGCCGGCUGAGGAUGUGGCGGUUCUUGCUAAUGUCGUAGUAAAUAUAUUUGUUAUAGUGAAUAUGGAAUAUGAUAUGUUGAGUAAAAUGUUGUGCUAAGAUCUAUUUAGGUCAGGAGCUGGUUAUAAGUUCUGUUCCUAUCCAAUAACAAUGGACAAAAGGGUCCUAUCUUGUCAGCCUUGUCAGCAGGUGGCCAAGGACAACACCCACGCCAUAGGCCUCUCAGUUCUUCCAACUCACGAGUUCUUGCUCUGAGGACACACACACACACAAACACACACACACACACAUCAUCACUGUUAAACACACACACACACACACAAAAAUCCCCUCUCUUAGGCUGAACAUUUGAAGACAGAGAACCCGACUCAGAGCCAAUGCAACAGUGACAGUAGCCUGCAGGGGACCUCGUCCAACUCAUCAGGACCAAUCAGAAGAUCAGAACUACUAGAUUGAACCUACUUCAUCUAUUGCAUAAAAUGUCUGCACACAAUGUUUCGGGGCUCUCUUCAGAUAAUAAUAAUAAUAAUAAUAAUAAUAAUAUGCCAUUUAGCAGACGCUUUUAUCCAAAGCGACUUACAGUCAUGCGUGCAUACAUUUUUGUGUAUGGGUGGUCCCGGGGAUCGAACCCACUACCUUGGCGUUACAAGCACCAUGCUCUACCAGCUGAGCUACAGAAAGUGGAUACUCAUGGAUGCGCAUUGCAAUUGUAAAAUGUCAACACAAUUGGAGACACCACGUCAUUUUUGGAGACAUGUUAUUGACAGUAAACUAUUGUAGAUGCGACUGCUAACUAACUAAAACAUUUUAGCUGGCUAGCUAAUCAUCUUAGCUAAAUGUGGGGCAAACAAUUCAGUUAUUUACCGUUAAUUUGAGGGAUUGGGGUGAAAGAAAUCGAGUUACAUAGUGAUACUUUACGAUAUACUGUAUUGACAAUAUCGCAAUAUUUUAGCGCUAGUUGGCUGUACCUGCACCAAAACACCAUUAUUGUUCCUUCAUAGCUUGUUCUCACAUUGGGAGCCAAUUUGUUUUCAGCACUUUUAUUUCCAUGACUGAUCAAAACUCGUUCUCAUGGCUUUCUGAUCCCUCUGCAACAGACAUAUGGUGCGCAAUAAAAUCACAGUAUCGAAUCGCAAUACGUAUAGAAUCAUGAGACUCGCAAUGCUGAUGCAUAUAUCUUAUCGUGAGGUUCCUGGCAAUUCCCAGCCCAAGUUCAUUUUUAAGAGUUUGACGAACGGGUCCGUGAACGCGAUUCCAGAUAUAUUUACCUCUGAAUAAACUGCCUUUAUUACACCAUAUCCACAUCCAGUAAACUUGUGAUUAUCAACACUAACCUCAUCGUUGUGGCGGCGGACAGCUAGCCUGUAUCCCUCGUCAUCCAGUUGAGUGAGUGGCAAUGUCUUUUUUCGUUCGUACCAAUUUUUGGAAAAUCCUCGGGUGUAGGACUUUCCGCCUUUAGUAGAAACCUGUUGAAUUAUUAAAUUUGGUCUGGGAGGUCCUAAUUGUUUCGUUGCCAAUUUAUCUUCAUUUGUUCGCCGACAAAAAGGAACUUCUUUCAAACAAUCCACUCUUUUCUCAGUUACGUUCAUGGUUACGUAACGUAUGACGAAAGCGCGUAAGUGCAAGCCCACAGACACCCAUUGAGAUUGUAUUGAAGGCUCUGAAAUUUGAAAAAAAUAGAUUUUACAUGGGAGUCUAUGACAGAAGUUCUGGGCGAUUUUCAAUCUGACUGAAAUCGCCCCAAAAGGGGGUGGAGCCAUUUGAAGCACGACUUUAGCCUGAUUCGACAUUUAGUGGCAGUGUGGCACUGUGGCAGAUCAGACGUAUAGAUUACAACACUGAUAACUACUGUUGCCGUGAUAUAAUUGAUUAGAAAAAAAAUCCCUUCCUUUUCCCGUUUGGCAGUGCGUCGCCCAUAUCGCCCUAUUGAACAGGCCGUCCCUGCCUGGAACUCUAUUGGAGGGAUGCGACACCAUUCUUCCAUGAGAAAUUACAUCAUUUGAUGUUUUGUUGAUGGUGGUGGUGGAAAACGCUGUCUCAGGCGCUGCUCCAGAAUCUCCCAUAAGUGUUCAAUUGGGUUGACAUCUGGUGACUGAGACGGCCAUGCUCAUCAAACCAUUCAGUGACCACUCGUGCCCUGUUGAUGGGGGCAUUGUCAUCCUAUGGAGGCAUAGCCAUGGUAGCCAAAAUAAUGGCCAAAAUAAUUGCUUAAUUAACUCAGGAACCACACCUGUGUGGAAGAACCUGCUUUCAAUACAUUUUUUAUCCCUCAUUUACUGAAGUGUUUCCAUCAUUUUGGCAGUUACCUGUACAUUCAAUAAUGUGUGUGACGUUAAUAUCAACCAUGUCUGAAACUGAGACUUUCUGGGAGAAAUGUCUUGAACAUCUGGGUGAUUUAUUAUUGAACUGAUGAUCCUGACUCCUCUUCUUGGUCUUCUCUCUCCGAAGCUCAUGGUGGGUAUCCUCCAGGCUCAGGAUCUGGCUGCCAUGGAUAUGGGGGGUACCUCAGACCCCUAUGUCAAAGUCUACCUGCUCCCAGACAAAAAGAAGAAGCAUGAAACUAAGGUCCAGCGCAAGAAUCUGUGCCCGGUUUUCAACGAGACCUUCAUAUUCAAGGUUUACGUCAUGAUUGACCUUGUGGCUUUGUUAUUUUGUUUGUCUUAUAUGUCUGUGUCUGUUUUUUUUUCUGUCUCUGUAGCAGCUUGUGUUGGUGUUCCAGGUUGUUGAUGAUGUAUCACUUGUUGGUCUCUGAGUUCAUGUGGGCAGAAGUCAAGCCCAUGUCCGUGCUUCCCUCCGUAGUUUGUCUCUCGUUCUCUGAUUGCCGUCCUUCAAGGUAUCCCCGAACAACUUUAAAAAUGCAGAAUUAAGAAUGCAUUUUUACUUGUCACCAGUCAAUAUAUGUUUUUGUUUGUUUGCUUUGUUUUUCUGGAUUUGUAAGUUAUAUUUAUAUGUUGGCAUGAUAAGUUUUACAUAGAACUGUUUUUGAUCAAUUCCGACAAACCACCUGUCAUUGAUCUACCAAUUAAGAACCGCACUAACCAAUGUUGGUUUUUAAUAACUCUAACCUAGAGCAAACAACGUAUUACAUAAAUCUCUCUGUCGAGGAGCACCAGUCAGCCAGACAUGCACUUGUGACUAAUGCCUCUGCCUCUCCUCCAAGAUCCCGUACACAGAGUUGGGAGGGAAGAUCCUGGUGUUGCAGGUCUUCGACUUUGACCGUUUCUCCAAGCAUGAUGUGAUUGGGGAGAUAAAGAUCCCCAUGAACAGUGUGGAUCUGGGACAACCAAUGCAAUGUUGGAGGGACCUGGAGAACAGUGAAAAAGAAGAGGUAUGAUGUACUGUGGUAUUACUAUCUCUUUGGUCAUCCGUCCAGUCACCCCCCGUCGCAUGAUGGAUAGAUCACAUCACAACAUGAUAUAAUAUUUCCUUAUGUCUUAUUUGAUCAGUUUCUGGCUGGUGGUUUAACACCAUGUUGUUGUUAUGUGCGUCUCUCAGGCAGAGAAACUGGGUGAUGUCUGCAUUUCUUUACGCUAUGUACCCACUGCUGGCAAACUUACUAUCAACAUCAUGGAGGCCAAGAACCUAAAGAAGAUGGAUGUUGGUGGCUUAUCAGGUGAUUCUAAAUCUAGCAACAAAUAGGUGUCUUUUCUCAUACUUCCUCUGAAGUUGUGCUGCCUCUCGCAAACAUAUCAGCAACAUAUCAGCAACGUUUUCAGUUUACAUGAUUACAGAUUCCUCCAUUGCAGAGAUUUUAUGUGUUUUAAAAUCGCUCCUCAUGCAUCUGCCAGCUGUCCUGCAUGCACCUUUGUCUGAUCAAGGUCUACCAAAAAACAUUGACUAAUUAAUUGGCUUACGCCCUUCUUUUUCAUCCUUCCCUCAGAUCCAUUUGUGAAGAUUGUUCUGCAGCACAAUGGGAAACGAAUCAAGAAGAAAAAGACAACUGUCAAGAAGAACACACUCAAUCCUUACUUCAAUGAGAGCUUCAGCUUUGAGAUUCCCUUCGAGCAGAUCCAGGUAUUACAUUUUUGCUUCAUCAAUCUACAUGUAGAGUACCCAGUCAGUAUUCUGAAAGUAUAGUAGCUUAUUAAAGUGUUGUAAUGUAUCUUCUGUGUUUCUUAUUCAGAAAGUGCAGGUCGUCAUAACAGUGUAUGACUAUGACAAGCUUGGGAGUAACGACGCAAUCGGCAAGACCUUCAUGGGUUACGGUGCCACAGGAGUUGGUCUUAAACAUUGGUCGGAAAUGUUGGCUAAUCCCAGACGUCCAGUUGCUCAGUGGCAUGUCCUCUGCCCAGAGGAGGAAGUGGAUGCAGCUCUGAAGGUCCCACCUCGUUAAUGAUUUCCUUAAUAUCCUUGGAUCAUUCAAAAUGUUUUGGUAUGUCUUUCAGUAUUGUUAAGACCUCUUGGUUUGCUUGCCUCUUUUCUGUCAUCUCUUUUUGUCAUUCUUUUUUUGUUAAGUGUGUGUGUGCGCACAUCGCAGCGUGCAUUCAUGCAUACAUGAGCGCUCAUGUUUUUGUGUGUCUGAUUCCAUUUGAUGUUUUUAAAUGACCUCCAUUUGUUUCAAUGUUUAUUUAGUUGUUUUAUAAAACUCACUCUUUUGGUUUCUAAAUGUAGAUAUAUGUAGAAAAUAUUUAUCUGUAAAAUGUGUGCCCUUGUUAUAAGGCCUUAUAGGCUACAGGCAAUCAGAUUAAGGAAUUCAAUUGGUUUUUUGACUCAUUGACAAGCUUGCAUUUCACACAA